AUGAACAGUGAAUUGAGACCUCCUGGAACAACCCCAUUACCUGAGGUACAUACGGCCGUAGAGGCUAAGAAAGAGUCGAACCAUGUCCAGGGUGAUAGCCAACACGGCCGUGGUCGUGGAAAAUGGCAUGGACGUGGUGGUCAAGGCCGAAACUCGUUUGGUCGAGGCCAAGGAAACUCCUAUGGAGGCCGUGGUCAUGGCCGAGGCCGUGGAGUUGUUGUCUGCGCUGUUUUAGCAGUGGUGGUUAUAACCAUAGGCUGCAUCAUCACCCGCAAUACUAAGCUUCCCUCUCCACCGCCUCCUCUACCACGGCCACCACAGCCACUGCAGCUCCGGACGCCUGUGUAUAGAACCAAAGAUGGAGAUCUUGUCAUUCUGACAGGCACUGGCACUGCCAUAUCAGUUGCUGGAGCCGUUAUCUAUGGUAGUUCUGGUGGUUGUGGAGGUGGAGGUUGUGGGGGAGGGGGAGGAAGUGGCGGUAGUGGAGGAGGUGGUGGUUGUGGGGGAGGAGGAGGAGGAGGAGGAGGUGGUGGUGGUUGUGGAGGAGGGGGAGGAGGUGGUGGCGGUGUUGGAGAUGGUGGUGGUGGAGGCGGAUGCGGAGGUGAUUAAGUAUUUUGAUUGCCAACAUGGUGAACAGUUUACUCAUGUUUUGUAAAGUUAGAUGUUUACUUGUUUGCUUUCUUGUUUUGUGGCUUGUCUUGGUUUUCUAUUCUUUUCUUGCCUGUUAGUUUCUUUUGCAUACUAUCAGCAGUGCACCAGAUGGGUGACAUAGAAUGAUGGAUGAUGCAAGAUUUUAUUUUUGUUAAAAUUCAUGGUUUGUCUAAGUAAUACUUUUUACUGUACUGCUUAUUAGAGUCACUAGGUAAGAAACCCGUGCAAUGUCGCACGAGAACUUAUUUUAUAAAAAUAAAUAUGCUUUAUUUUUAUAAAAUAACCUUUUAUAAAAACUGCUUACAAUUGUUUUUGAGAAAAUAUAUGUAUUACAAAAUUAUGUUGUAUACAACUAUAUUUUUUUAAUACUAAAAAUAUAUAUUUUAUAUUUUUGGUUGUAAUAUAAUUAGAAAUAUGUCAAUACCAAAUAAGAUAUAUGUUUCAUUAUCCGUUUAGUUAAGUUAUUUAAGAAUUUUGAAAAUUUAUUAUUACCUAUUAUUGAUAAAAAUAAUAUAUAAUAAGAAAAGAUCUUUUGUAGGAUACGACAAUCAAAUUUGCAUUAUGUUAUUGGCUAAUAUACAUGAAUAAUAACUAAAAUUUUGCGUAUUUAUAUUUUUUCUUCAAGAUAUUUAAUAUUCAAUUCAAAAUGGAUAUCUUUUUAUUUCACUAUUUAGAUUUAAUUAUGAUUGUCAAAUGUCAAUAUUAAAACUCCUUAUAAAGAGUUAAAGAUUGCAAUGGUCAACAACCAAACAUUACGAUAGUUAGUCAAGAAUUAUAAUUAUUAAUACCAAAAGUUGCAAUGGUUCAUCACC